UCUACAUACAAGAUGUCAGAAAGUCACUCAGUUCUAUCUAAUAUUCUUAAAAGAGGCAGACUGAUCUCUUCUGGCAACAGUACAAGAUAUUGCAGCUUUAACGAUUCUUGCUCUCCUUCCAUAUUUCAUGACAGCGGAUAUAAUGAAUCAUUAAAAGACCCCAGCUUUGAUUAUACCAGUGCAGAACAUAAGGGAGAACGGAGUGAAAGCGGUCCAUCUGAGCAUUCUAAAUAUUCACAUUCUAGUCUAUGCACUUCAGUAUUGUCUCCUACUGAAAAUGAAAAGGUUAUCUUUUUAUCAGAAAGAAGAGAUGCAGGUCCGCGUACAGACUUCUUUGAAACACCCAAGGUUGCUAAAAAAGACUUGUCACUCCGCAGAAGACUGCUCGUGUCUAAAGCAGCUUCUUUUAGUGUUGUGGGAUGUUGUGAGAAGCAAGUUUGUUUGGGGAGCAGCAGGAAAAAAAUAUGUGUUCCUCACUUCCUUAGUUUUGAUGAACGAGUUUCGAAACAUGCUUUGGAUUCUCCAAGGCAGGUGAACUAUAAGCCUUUGGCAACCAGUACUUUAAAAAUUGAAGAUCCUUCUCCUAGUUGUCAGAAACUAAGGCAUGUGUUUUCACAGCAGAGGACUUCCACAAUAGAUGAAUCAAAAUCUCAGGGCAGCCUGUUGUCAGAACCAGCCUGUUUAUCUCCAAUCCAGCCUAAAUCUUCCACAAACUCGUUUGUUGCAAAUACACCUAAUAGCUUUGCUGAUGGCACCCUUACUAGUUUUAACCAUCAAAGCACUUAUGCAGAAUUAGUUAGGACUCCUCAGCGUACGUUGUCUGAGACCAGUGUGGAUGGAUUUGUCACACCCAUCAAUAGGCUUAUAGAAGGCUUUCACUUUAAUACAUCUGAGAUAAACACUUCACCAGCUAAAGCAGUAAGUGACUUGGACCUCUUAACUUCUGAUAGUAGCAGCUGUAAUUCACUUGGCUUAGAUAAAUCAGAAGAUUCCUUGACUGAUCAGGAGGGAUCUUUCCAAGAGCUACUUCAAAAACAUGACAAAUCACCUGUUCUGAACUCUAGAAGAAAGGUAAGAAUAAGAAAGCUGCAGCGUUCAAGAAGACUAUCCACUCUUUCAGAAUGUGGGUCACAAUCAGAAAAAGAGGAGGACUGUGCGAUUACUCUUGCUAAUUCAAAAUGCAAGCAGGAAACAUUUGACGACUCUAUCAGUGAAGACAGUAAAUUGAUUUUUAAUGAGGACAAACACAUGAUUUUGAAUCCUGGAGAUCUAACAAGAACCCCUGCUUUGCAAAUGAUUCACGAGGUCUUUAUGCAAAGUAGAAGUAAAAGUACGGAGCGAAAUGACCUGUCUAGAAACAUAGAUGGAACUGGCAUGUCUAUUCUGAAGUGUAUUGUUGCGAGGCUCAUUGGCAAGAAAAUGGGCCUUGAAAAACUAGACAUAUUAACAGAAUUAAGAGAGAGAGACUUAAAACAUGUUCUUGGUAUGAUUUUAGGUGCCAUGACUGUGGAAGGCCUGUGCAGUAUGUGGGAAGUAAGCAAAAACUGGCGUGAAAUUGUUGUACAAGAUAAGCAUGCGAAUCAGCGAAGGAAGCUAUACAUAAAACAGUUGAGAACAGAAGCUAAGAUAUGCGUGCCAGAUGCUGAAGAUGCUGCCACAAGGCUAAUGAUGGCCAGAUUUGCACUAAGACCAGUCCAGGCUCAAGCAAAAUCCACAGUAUUACAGAUGCAGUCUUCUUGGAUUGAGCUUUUGACACCUGAGGGAUGCAGUCCUCUUCAUCAAUCAGCUAGUAAGCAGGAAGCAUAUGUAAAGGUUGCCAAAACUCUCUUGAGUGAUGAAGCUUUAAAACCCUGUCCUAGGUGUCAGUGCCCAGCUAAGUACCAGCCCUUAAAGAAACGUGGACUCUGUAGCCGAGAAGACUGUGCAUUUGACUUUUGUAUUUCAUGUCUGUGUGCUUUCCAUGGAUCAAAAGAUUGUUACAGUUCAUCUGCUAAAUGGCAAACCAGAAAAGAUGCUCUUCCGGGAAGUGCCAAAAGCAAAAGAAAUUUAAAACGUCUCUAAACACAUUGGAAUCAAUGGAACG